GCUGAUUGACACUGUUUGACUGCGAGUUGAUUUGCGUGUCCGCGCGCUCUUGUUCCUUUUCACCUUCACACACACUCACACGCACACGAAACGUCGCGAGCCAACGACCGAUCCGCGCGCGCCAAUGUAGCACCGAAAUCGCUCGAGCUGCUGUCGGUCGUGUGGAAGCAGAGAAGAAACUGGGGGACUGCAGCCAUCAUCCGGGGACCAGAGAGAGAGCGAGAGCGAGAGAGAGAUGUGCUGCUGAGUGAGGAAUUGCGGGAUCGCUGCAGCUCCACAUGCAGUUUCGGGUUUGAUCGAGCAGGUUUCCAGCGGCAGUGAACUCGGACGGAAUCAUGAUGGCGAGCGACUCUCCGGCCCGCAGCCUGGAUGAGAUCGACCUGUCGGCUCUGCGGGAUCCUGCGGGAAUCUUCGAGCUGGUGGAGCUUGUGGGAAAUGGAACAUACGGCCAAGUGUACAAGGGCCGCCAUGUUAAGACGGGCCAGCUUGCUGCAAUCAAGGUCAUGGACGUCACAGGGGAUGAGGAAGAGGAAAUCAAAGCAGAGAUCAACAUGCUGAAAAAGUACUCACAUCAUCGCAACAUCGCUACAUACUAUGGAGCCUUUGUCAAGAAGAACCCACCGGGUGUCGACGACCAGCUGUGGUUGGUGAUGGAGUUCUGUGGUGCCGGCUCAGUCACAGACCUGAUAAAGAACACUAAAGGAAACUCACUAAAGGAGGAGUGGACGGCUUACAUCUGCAGAGAAAUCCUCCGAGGUCUGACUCAUCUUCACCAGCACAAAGUCAUCCACCGGGACAUUAAAGGCCAGAACGUCCUGCUGACGGAGAACGCCGAAGUCAAACUGGUGGACUUUGGUGUGAGUGCACAGUUGGACCGCACCGUGGGCAGGAGGAACACAUUUAUUGGCACGCCGUACUGGAUGGCUCCGGAGGUCAUUGCCUGUGACGAGAAUCCAGACGCCACGUAUGAUUUCAAGAGCGAUUUGUGGUCUUUAGGAAUUACAGCGAUAGAGAUGGCAGAAGGAGCACCACCGCUGUGUGAUAUGCACCCAAUGCGAGCACUUUUCCUCAUUCCCAGAAAUCCAGCUCCUCGACUCAAGUCGAAGAAGUGGACGAAGAAGUUCCAGUCAUUUAUUGACAGCUGCCUGGUGAAGAACCACACGCAGAGGCCCAGUACGGAGCAGCUGCUGAAACAUCCCUUCAUCCGAGACCUGCCUAAUGAGCGACAGGUCCGCAUCCAGCUCAAAGACCACAUCGACCGCACCAAGAAGAAGAGAGGAGAGCGGGAUGAGACGGAGUACGAAUAUAGUGGCAGCGAGGAGGAGGAGGAGGAACGGGACAUCGGAGAACCCAGCUCCAUCAUCAACAUCCCGGGUGAGUCCACUCUGAGGCGGGACUUCCUGCGUCUGCAGCUGGCCAAUAAGGAGCGUUCCGAGGCCCUGCGCCGACAACAGCUGGAACAGCAGCAGAAUGAUGAGCACAAGCGCCAACUACUGGCCGAGAGACAGAAGCGCAUCGAGGAGCAGAAGGAGCAGAGGAGGAGGCUGGAGGAGCAACAGCGUCGGGAGAGAGAGCUGCGCAAACAGCAGGAGAGAGAGCAGCGGAGACGCUAUGAGGAGAUGGAGCAGUUACGCAGAGAGGAGGAGAGGAGACACGCCGAGAGGGAACAGGAGUAUAAGCGGAAGCAGCUGGAGGAGCAGAGGCAGGCCGAGAGGCUUCAGAGACAGCUCCAGCAGGAGAGAGCUUACCUGGUUUCCCUUCAACAGCAGCAGCAGGAACCUCGAUCUGCCGAGAAGAAGCAGCUCUAUCACUACAAGGACUCGGUCAACCCCAGUGACAAACCCGCCUGGGCCAAAGAGGUCAUGAGACGAGCCCAGAGUAACUCCCCUCGUCUGCCUACAAAGAACCAGUACCAUGGGGAGGCACAGCUUUCACACCUCCUUCUCCUCUCUGACCACAUCUCUAUCCAAGCCCCUGCCCGUCCCCCAUCCUACCCAGCCGCCGCCCCCUCCCACGCCCAGAGAAAGAGGGCCGAGAUUCAGCUCAGGCAGCUGGGCAGCAGCGCCAACGUUCCCAGGUUCCGGGUGUCCUGUGAGCCGAAUCUGGCUCAGCUGUUCCCAGGGCAGGGCCACAAGAGGCGUGGGCGGAGCCCCGGACGAUCCAGAGCACAGGGCAGUGAGGUGGAGGAGCGAUCCAAACUAAACCGACAGAGUUCUCCAGCUCUGCAGCACAAAGUGGCCAAUCGAAUCUCUGACCCGUCACUGCCUCCUCGCUCCGAGUCCUUCAGCAGUGGUGGCAUCCAGCAGGCUCGGACUCCACCCAUGCACCGCUCCGUUGAGCCCCAGAUGGCUCACUUGGUCUCGGUGAAGUCUCACGGCUCCUCGAUGACGGGCUCGCAGUCUCUGCAUGAUCAGUCUUCCCAGGGUGUCUCGGCUUUCCAGGAGAGUCUGUCGCCCCACCGGCCCCCGAUGCCCCGGCAGAACUCAGACCCCACCUCAGAGACACCCAUGCCUCCGCCUCGCAUCACAAGCCGCGAUGACAAGUUCGACCGCAGCUCCUGGUUGAGACAGGAAGAGGACGUUCCACCUAAAGUUCCUCAGAGGACGACCUCUAUAUCUCCUGCACUGGUUAGAAAGAACUCACCUGGGAAUGGACCUGGAGGUCUGGGGCCAAGGCCAGGUUCUCACCUUAUCCGAGCCAGCAACCCAGAUCUGCGGGUUCCCAUGGAGCCUGGACUCCCAAGGACGAGCAGCGGCAGCUCCUCCAGCUCCAGCACUCCGAGCUCUCAGGGUGGCUCCAGUGAGAGGAAUAGGGUUGGAGGAUCUGGAAAACCUGAGAGCUCUCCGGCUGUUUCCCAGGAGACCAAACACAAAAACCAGGAGGAGAGCAGGGAGAUGACGAGACCCAGCCGACCUGCUGAUCUCACGGCUUUGGCCAAAGAGCUCAGAGAGUUGCGCUCUAAUGAGGAGACAAACCGGCCACCCGUCAAAGUGACCGAUUACUCGUCGUCCAGUGAGGAGUCAGAAAGCAGCGAGGAGGAGGAGGGAGAGGGCGGCGCUCAUGAUGGAACAGUGCCAGUCAGUGACAUCCCUCGCAUCAUGCCAGCAGCUGGUCAGGGUGGGAACGAGCCGUUCGGAGCACUGGUGGGUGCAGAGGAUUCCCACGACGAGUCUUACGGCAACAACUCUAAAGACAGCACCCUGAUGAUGAGAGAGAUGUUUGGGGAAAGAAAGUGCUCGGGUCAUGCCGAGAGCAACGGUUUCCCUGGUAACGUCAAUCUUCCUGAUCUAGUGCAGCAAAGCCACUCCCCCUUGGCCACGCCCAGCGAAGGCCCAGGGCUCCACUCCAGUCUGCUUGGGCAGGACCUGGACUCUGUGGCUGAAUAUGGAAGCGGCUCUAAAGCCUCCUUCACCCCGUUCGUGGAUCCGCGAGUGUACCAGACUUCACCGACUGAAGAAAACAGUGAGAACUCAGCAGCAGCUCUCUCAGUUGACGAGCUGCUGAGGCAUGAGCAGGAACAAGAACAAGCUCGGCUCAAUGAGGCUCGGAAGAUCUCCGUCGUCAACGUCAAUCCCACCAACAUCCGGCCGCACAGCGACACGCCCGAGAUCCGCAAAUACAAAAAGCGCUUUAACUCCGAGAUCCUGUGUGCAGCUCUGUGGGGCGUGAACCUGUUGGUUGGGACUGAAAAUGGACUGAUGUUGUUGGACCGCAGCGGUCAGGGGAAAGUAUACAACCUCAUCAACCGCCGGCGCUUUCAGCAGAUGGACGUCCUGGAGGGCCUCAAUGUUCUUGUCACCAUCUCCGGCAAAAAGAACAAGUUGAGGGUUUACUACCUGUCAUGGCUUAGGAACCGGAUCCUCCACAACGACCCUGAGGUGGAGAAGAAGCAGGGCUGGACCACUGUGGGUGAUCUGGAGGGCUGCGUUCAUUACAAAGUUGUGAAAUAUGAGAGGAUCAAGUUCUUGGUCAUUGCCUUGAAGAAUUCGGUGGAGAUUUACGCCUGGGCUCCGAAACCAUAUCACAAAUUCAUGGCUUUCAAGUCCUUCACUGAUCUGCAGCACAAGCCUCAGCUGGUGGAUCUGACCGUAGAGGAAGGUCAGAGGUUAAAGGUCAUCUACGGCUCCAGCGUCGGGUUUCAUGUCAUAGAUGUCGACUCGGGGAACCCGUACGAUAUCUACAUCCCAUCGCACAUUCAGGGCAGUGUCACCCCUCACGCCAUUGUGGUGCUCCCCAAGACCGACGGGAUGGAGAUGCUUCUGUGUUAUGAAGAUGAGGGAGUCUAUGUGAACACUUACGGCAGAAUCACUAAAGACGUGGUGCUACAAUGGGGAGAGAUGCCCACCUCUGUUGCCUACAUCCACUCCAACCAGAUCAUGGGAUGGGGAGAGAAAGCCAUCGAGAUCCGUUCUGUGGAGACGGGACACCUCGACGGAGUUUUCAUGCACAAGCGAGCUCAGCGACUGAAGUUUCUGUCUGAGAGAAAUGACAAGGUCUUCUUUGCCUCAGUCCGAUCAGGAGGCAGUAGCCAAGUUUUCUUCAUGACCUUGAACAGAAAUUCCAUGAUGAACUGGUAAACCCCGCCCACACACCUGCCCCCAUGCCCACAGGCCCCAACACCCCCCCACACACACACACAUUGUCUCUGUGGACGUAUUCUGUUUUUCUAAAGUGAUGGGGCGACAAGAACCCACAGUGUGUGGAACCACAGGGCGUGUUUAAGAGUAAAUACUUUUAGAAAAUAAAUUAAUCAAAUAAAAUAAAGGCCAGGAGCCGCUCCAGAGAGCCGAAGUUCAUCUCACAUCCACACAAAGCUCCGGCCGCCAAGAGAAGAACAACCACCUCCUGUACCCAGAAUUCCUUACGGCUCGUACCUGCGAGGUUCUCGUUUUUAUCAUGACUCGUGUGUUUUAGAAGGAGAGCAGAGACGGACAGGACUGAUGACGGAGAUGGGCGAAAACAAACGAUAUUGUAACUGUUUAGACACUUUCAACACAAUUUAUUGCUGUUGGAUUGAUAAAACAAUUGUGUGGAGAAGUGUGUGUGUGUUUCAUGAAUUUAUUUGACCACUUUGUUAUUGCAUUUCAUCACACUGUAACUGUACAGAGGUUUAUGUAUGGUUUGUAUGUUCUCAGUGUAUUUCCAUUUGCGUGUGUGUGUGUGUGUGUGUGCGCGCGUGUCCUCGUUAUCCAUCAGUACGAAAAACAUCACACAGUAUCUAAGAGAAUCCGAAUGUGUGGAUGUUUUCUACAGUACAUUACAACAGAAUUUUGGGAACUCUUUGGGGAAAAUAAAGCUCUGUUUCUCUUCAUUAUAUCACGAUCCCAAGUGAUGGAUUUUAGCUUUUUGGACGUCGUUGCUUCAGUGCAAUAAAGACCAUGAGAUAUCAGUUUUGAUGUGUGGUGGACGAGGUUUUAGCUCGAACCUGAACGAAGUCCCACCAGUCUGAAGCUGUGACUUUCAGAGCUGUGUUAGAGGUGUAUGUUCGGUUUUUUUUUUUAAUAAUCCUUUAAUAAAAUUGAUCAUGCAACGCAGAUGUGAUUUCUGUUUUUUUCUCGGAUUGCGUAACAACAAAGGAAUGAGUUUGGUGCAUUGGGCUUCCUCUAAACCUACCUCAUUUCCUUCCUUCAGUCAAGUUUAUAUUCAAUCAUGACAUCACAUAAUCAUUAAUAAAAUAUUCUCUCUAAUUCAGACAAGGCAUUAAUUCAAAGGUAUAAGAAUCUCAAUUCAAUCAUUUUUAUUAUAAAUUAAUUCUUUAUGCAUCUUGAUUUUUUUUGUGAUUUUAUUCCAGUAAAAUAAUGUGUUUGAGUUUGAGCUGUCAGGAUGAAUUUCACUCUUCAGCUACGACUUAAAUGUUUAUAAUAUUUACACUUUCAGAAGCAAAAAAUAACAAAUACACACGUGAAUAUUUAAGACUCAUAACACAAAUUUAUCAAAACAUGCAUUUUUUUCAAUGACAUUUUAUGAUGUUUUGUGCAUAAAUUCUGAAUCAUUUUUGAGAAUCAUGGUGUAUAAAAGAAAUAGAUUUUUUUUUGCUUCAACUCAAAGAUUUGAAAUAAAGUUCAAAAAAUACAAUAAAGUUUAAUAUGAAAUACGAUAUUAAAUAUUUUAAUAACAUGAAUUGGGUUAGAUUUCUGCAGCAUCUUAAUCCACUUUUUAAGGUUGAGUCACUAUAAAAAUUAAUUAAUUAAUUAAUUAAUUAAUUAAUUAAUAAAGGGUUGAUUUUGGACUUCGAUAAGCCUGUUUACUAAAGCAGAGAGUGAAAUAAAAAGCAGAGCUAAAUGUUUAAAACAUAAACUGUCUGAUGUUCAGAGACGAAUCACACAAUCAGAAUCAUUGAGCUGUUGGUGCCGUGACACAGACGUGAAAUGUGUCGACAGGAGAAAUAAAAGAGAAAGAAAUGGAAAAGAUCAAACAGAAUCAGGACAAAAAGUUUCAGCGAGUAUGUAAAAAUGUGUGAAAACGUAAAAAUGUAUCGAAACAGAUUAGAGGUCACUUUUACUUUCAGGUCACGUUACAGGCACUAUCUAGAGCAAAACGUCACACCCAUACGACCCGUUAUAUUCCAUAAAUAAACCAUAAGAGAGAGUGUGUGUGUGUGUUUCUGCAUGUCUAUACCUUUACUUUUGGGAUUUGACCUUCACACAAACAUAAAACUGUGAUAAAUGUCUCGUCUCGUUUUUUUGUAUUAUUCAUAAAAGUUCAUGUUUAACGUUUGAAUUUUAAUUAAAUUUAUUGCUUUCAUCAUGAGUCCUUCACUUGAUAUUGAGUUUCCUGGUAGCGCGGAAAGUUUCACACCUAUUUAUGUGAAAUUCCUCAGAUUUCUGAUUUGUUUUUAUCGGCUGAUACAGAGCUAAAAUAUCUCAAGUCCAUUUCGAAUUAAUGUUUAAAAAUGUGUGUUUUAACGAUUUAUUCUUGACCUUUUGAGUAAAUUGAAGCUGCUGUUUAACUGAAAUCAGGCAAAAUAAAUUCAGUAGAAGAACAGAAUAAAAGUUGAUUAGCAGUAAAAAUGAUUAUCGUACAAUAAGUUACACUGGCGUAUAAUUGUGUAAAUGCAGUUACAAUAAAAUGAUGCAUUUUAACAAUGAUUUAUAUGCUUCCAAACCUGACUCCAAGCAAUUUUCCAUUUUAUGACUUAUUUAAUGAUAUUUCAGCAAGUAUAUGCAAAGCUGUUUGGAAACUAAACAGUUGCAAAAAUAUAUAGUGAAUUAUCAUAUUAAUGAAAUAAAUAUGAAAUAUAAAUGGAGACUGGAGUUGGAGUUUAUGUGUAAACAAUAUUAUAAUAAUAUUUGUUAAUGUACAUUUUAUUGUAAUUCUAUUUACAGAAUGACAGGCUACUGUUAUUUCUACUGUUGCUUUUUUUCUUACAAGUUUUACAGUUGGUUUUUUUUAGUAUAUUCAUGUUUAUUCACUUUUUUUAUGAUAAUUUGUUGAAUGUUUCCAAAACACGAACAUUACAAUAAAAAUGAUUUUUAAAAAUCACACCAGUGAAAACCCAGAACCUGGUCUAAAGUCUGAUCUCGUCUAAUGUGUGUUUGGUACAAUAAAUUUCCACUCUACUGACUUUUAUUAUUGUAAUGUAAAGCACUUUUUAAUGUAAAUUGUUGAGCCCUGAGUUGUUAUAGAAUAACUAUCUAACAGAGAAACGCCGUGUGUGUGUGUGUGUGUGUGUGUGUGUGUGUGUGUGUGUGUGUGUGUGUGUGUGUGUGUGUGUGUGUGUGAAACUCCAAAUCAGAUGCUUGACACAUGUUAUCCUGAUCGGAUUUAUUUAUCGGUUUGUACAGAACACUUCUGGUUUGUCAUUGUAUUUGGAAGCGACAGUAUUAUUACUGAUUUUUUUGCAAAGGGAUUUUUUUUCUAUAGCUGUAUUUUGGAUUAGCUUGUUGGUCUGAAAAUGCUGAAAUCUAUAUUAGAAUGUCAGAGAUGUUUAAUAUCAGUGCUUUAUGUAAUAUCACUUUAUCCUAUUUCUCAUUUUAUCCUGGUACUGUUUGAUGCUUUUUUCCUUUUUCUUUAUAAAUUCACUGCUGAAUUACAGCUGAAAUGAUGUACGGAUACAUUUUUGUAGGGUGACAUUUUCCUUUGCCUGGUUUAGUUUUUUGGGGGAAAAGCACUCGUCAGGUUUAUAUUUGAAGGAAAGCCUGAAAGGAAACACUGAUGAUGUAAAUGAAAAAUAAACCUAACACUCAGUCAUGUUCGGAAAAAGCUAGAAUUAUUAGCAAUAAAAUGUAUCAUGGAUUUUUGUUAAAAUAUUUUUUCUGGUAUUUACUUUCUGUCUGAUUUUGGUAGAAAAAAUAUUCAAAAUGUUGAAAUGGUUGAUGUCCAAAAAUUGGGAUGCAGGAUGUCGGGUUCUGAGUGACGCAGGUUCUACACUGAUCUAUUCACGGUCUGUUCCCAUGUAACAUAAAGCAUUAGAAAUUUGCUGUUUUUUAAUAAAUUGAUGUAUCAAAUGA